ACUUGUGAGCUCCCUUUGGGGAAUACCACCCGAAAUCUGCAACGCUUCGCGUUUGAAAGGCAUGCUGUGUAUAAAGCUGUUCCAGAAAGUCCUCAAAACACUUCGUUGUCGAAUUUGAAAAUUUCGUACUCAUGAUCACGGCAUAUUAUAAAUCAUUCAAAAAAUCAAUUUUCAUAAACUAUCCGCUUCUAUUCAAGGUAGUUAGACAGUGUGCCCGUCCCCUUAGUCCUCGAACACUUGAAUCCUUAUCAUAUUUUUUGUUUUUUUCUCGUAAAUUAUUAUAUUAUAAAUUAGAGUAAUUUAAAAUAUCAUUGAGCUGAGCGUUAUCAAAUAUGAGUUGGGCUUCGACUGAAAGGUCUCAGGCCCAAAAAACCAAUCUUCCAUUCCCUCCUCAGCUCCUCCGUUGCUGAAUCCAGAGCUUCGGUCGUACUUUUGAACCUCAGAAAUAAAAAAAAAAACGUUUUGCGAUUGCAGUUGAAUUUCUUUUAGUAAUCUUGCAUUUCCACCUUCAUACAUAAUUGUUGAGAGCUGAAAAUUCACAGAAGAAUUUGAAGAAGGGAAACGAAAAAGAAAGUGACUUGAACAGCGCCGGAGCCGAUGGAGGAGUUGUUAAAGAAUCAGAUAUUUGCAAUCCAUGCACUUUCUGGUGUAGGGUCGGUGGCAUUAGGCACAGCUCUUACUUACCCUCUUGAUACAAUCAAAACCCUUAUUCAGGUUGGUUCAGGUUCUAGUAAACAAUUGACAACUACUCAGGUUUUAAAGAGAUUACGAUAUUUUUCAGGAAAUUCAGGUUUGUACAAUGGUUUUCUAUGGUUAGCAGCGGGAAGAACUUUGGGGUUGGGAGCUUGUUUUGGAACCUAUGAAAUUUUGACUGCCUUUUAUAAAGAUGGUCGAGAAGAUAACUACGUCUACGUCUCUGCGGCCCUCCUGGAGGGACUUGUCGCUGGUGUUGCAGAAUCACUAAAAAGCUCUCCCUUUGAACUUAUAAAACUUCGUGCCCAGGUGACCUCUGCUUCUUGCUUUCCAAACUCGGCUCCUCUCCUAGAAAAGGGAGCUGUCGCACCUGUGAUUCAAAGAUUGUUGCGUGGGUGUAGUCUGGACAUGAAGGCAUUAAAUUCUUCUGUUGCCCUUUUAUCCACCCUAACAACCAGGCAUCCCAAUAUGAUGAGUGCUUUACAAGAGUACCCAUGGAUGAUAACAGGUUCUGGGAAGCCACCCUCAGUGUUCAGUGUCAGGAAACCAUCUGAAAUCAUCUCUUUGGUAGGAUGGGGUGCAUUAUGGAGAGGUCUACGGCCAGGAGUUGUUCGAGAUUCAGUUUUUGGUGGCAUAUUCUUUUCUACCUGGCAAUCUCUGCACCGUGCAAUGCUUGACUGGAAGGCAGUGGGGAUGGAUCCUGAACCCAGGUCGGAUGAUGAAAUUGGUCCCCUCUCUCCUUUGGCUGUGAGUAUUGCAGCUGGAAUUUCUGGUUCUGUUGUUGCAGCUGUUUCUCAUUGUUUUGACACUGCCAAAUCUCGAUCAGAAUGUACUGUGCUGCCCAAGUAUGUCUCGACAGAGAGGAAGCUUCUGAAAUGGGGAAGACCAGGGAACAGGUUUGAGAGAGUUACAGGGAUCCACCCUUCAGACAGGAAUCUCCUGUUCCGCAGCCUUGGGUUAGGGAUGGCUCGCAGCGGGAUCGCAUCAUUCGUCAUGGUCGGAAGUUAUUUCUUGGCUGCGGAUCUUCUUGUUUGAAGGGCAAAUUAACUUGUAUAGAAUGCUUAGUUGAACACAUUGAAAAAAAAAAAGAGAAAGAACUGGAUUUAUAGGUGUAUACGUUAGCUGCUUUGUUAUCUCAUUGAAACUGGACAUCCAAAAUAAGCCAAAGACAUCGAUGAAAGUUAACGUCGGUGGGUUGUACGAUUCUUCCUCUUUUUACCAAAACAAUGAUAAAAAGUUACGUUAAAUAA